AUGAUUCUAAGUGGGUGUUUAUUGGUUUGGCUAUCUUCUUAUCUGGUAACAGAGAAGGCAAUUAAUGAUUUGUCUACCAAGCUCAUAAACGAAUCUGGAAGAAAGAUUAUAACCUAUCUCGAUGGUGUUAUGACACCAAUCGCCAAAUUGACCAAAACCAUGGCCAGAGAAUAUACCACAGGUGUUGUGACCAUUCCCAUGUUUAGAAAUUACUUGUUUCCAAAGUUUGUAGAAUUUCGAACUACUGGUUGUGGAUUCUUCUUCAGCGUUCCUCUCCCAUCCAGAUAUACCUAUACUAUUAGUGGAACCACGAGUAAUCCAUUUCCAGUUUUUGCCUAUCAACCAUAUGGAUAUCCAGGCACCAUUAGAGAUAUUGUGAAUAUCACCACAGGAGACAUUGUAAAAGUCAAUUCUACAGUUGACUUGACUCCUUACGUACCUGCCAAACAAGAUUUCUUCAUUUAUACAUUGAAAAACUAUUACGAAAAGGGGUUGGAAGGAGUGUAUGGAGAACCAUACAAGGUUUUGGGAAGUACAGUUGCCAUUUAUUAUUCUCAAUUAAUGUACGAUCCAGAAAUUUACAAACUAAACAAGACGAAAUCAUUGGUUGGAUUGGCCAAAGUUAAUCUUUCACUAGAAACGAUUGUAAACUUUCUCUCCAAGAUUGAAUUACUGGGAAGAGGUUACGUUCUGGUAGCUCAGGACAAUUUCAUUGUCAUUGGUGGAUCCAUCGAUACCAUUUCAGGAGAUGGUUUAAAUAGCACAAACAUCUUUGAUGUCAAGUCGAGAAAUGCUGGUUCACUAAUGAAACAAUUCUACGAGUUGAACAAUAGAACAUUUAGUAUUUUGCCAUCUGUGAUGAAAAUUGUGGGAGAAUCUGAUGGUGUUAGCUAUAUCAUUACUCCGUACAAGUAUGUUUUGGAAAAUAUGCAGUGGAACAUUUUCUUUGUUUUGUACGAAUCAGAGGUGACUGAAGCUUUGAUUUUGACAACUUCAAUUUCUAUUGGUGUCACUGUUGGAAUUAUUGUUCUUGGAAUUGUUGGAAGUUUUGUUACUGGACUAGUUGUUUCGAGACCUAUGAAGUUCUUGGAGAAGCAAUUCGAAAGAAUCAAAGUUCUUGAUUUGGGUAGUGUUUCGAAUAACAGUUCCAUGUUUAGAGAAGUGAACUCAAUUUUCAAUAAUUUGAAGAAUACAGUUGAGUGGCUUGCUGAAAUUAAAACUUUCAUUCCUCAAUCA